AAGGAAAAAGCACCAAAGAAUCGCAAAAAGCGAGGUUAGGUUCUGGCCUUAAUCAGUCGAUCAAUGGGAAAACACUAGGUGAUAAAACUGAUAAGUACGAAGUGAAAUGGCCCGAUUGCUACAUUCAGUGAUCUUGGCUAAUAAAUAAUAAAGAAAUGUGAAAAAAAAAUCCACAAAAAAAGUGAGGUUAUACCUCUUGUUUUUCCCCCAUUUUCCACAUAAUUAAAAACGGUAAGAGGCAAAAAAACCUUUAUAAAUUACAAGCUCCAAUUUAUUACCGCUAUGGUACGAUAAAAACUGCGUAAUCACAAUAAGAUAAAAAGGGCCCCGGAUGCGGAAAUAAUUUUUCCCGCAUUAUCAGCUUCCGUUUCCCGCCGUCCUACAAUUACCGAUAAUGAGUACUGAAAGUGACGGCCCCCCUGCCAUGAAAAAACUCAAACUAAACCAAUUCGAGUGUUUUCCAAUCACAUCAUUGGACAACAUCUCCGAAGUGAUCGAAAACCCGCCCCAGUGGGUGAGCCGAGUCGCGCCCUUGACCGAGCGCAGCCCCACAGUAGUGCAAAACAUAAUUUCGGAUUGUCAUUGCGAUGCGAAAAAAUUCGGUCCACGAACGCGUCUCGAUAAGAGAUUUGUUCCCAAAACUUUAGUGUGCCAUGACUACAAAGGUGGCUAUUUGGAAGACAGGUUUUUGUCAAGUAGCAACAUCGGGAAUUUGUACUCGUUUUAUAAUUGGCAACACAUCGAUAUUUUCGUUUACUUCAGUCACCACCUAAUCACAAUCCCACCUUUGUGUUGGAUAAAUGCCGCGCAUCAAAACGGCGUGAAAAUUCUUGGAACUUUGAUAACAGAAUUCGAGCCGGGGAAAAAAAUUUGCGAGAAGAUUUUCAAAGACGAGGACACGAUGCGAAUUUUCGCAACUUCUUUGACCCAAAUUUUGAAAAUUUUCCAAUUCGACGGGUGGCUCCUCAACAUCGAAAACUCGCUCCAAGACACCGAAAUGUUGAAAAAAUUCGUUGCCUACUUAGGGGUGCAAACGCACACCCAAAACCCCGACCAUUUAAUCAUCUGGUACGACAGUAUCAUUGAAACGGGCGAAUUGAAAUGGCAAAAUGAGCUCAACCCCCUUAAUAAAUUUUUCUUCGAUAAUUGUGACGGUAUUUUCCUCAAUUACGUAUGGACUGAGGAAAAUAUCCACAAUUCGAUUGAAUUUGCAAAGCAUCGGACUUUGGACGUUUACGUGGGGGUGGAUGUCUUCGGUCGCAAUACCUUCGGAGGCGGUCAAUUCAACUGUUUCAAGGCCGCCCAGAUGAUAAGGAGACACAACUUAUCAAUGGCGAUUUUCGCGCCAGGCUGGACGCACGAAACGCUGCCCAAAAGUGAAAAUCGGCAAAAAUUCUUCGAGGAUUUUAUUAAUCGAGACUCGGCUUUUUGGAACAGUCUGUGGCCCUAUUUAUACACGCAUCCCAUUACGAGGUUCUUCAAGACCAGUUUUUUCACUGGAGUUAACCAGGACGUCUACGACCUGUUCACGCAACACCCGCAACUCUCAAAAAUCAAGCACCCAAAGUCACUAGAAUGGGUCCCCAACCACCACGAAAUACCAACACUGAACAAUAAGUGCAACUGUUUACAGUGUGCUUUCACCAGUACUGGUGUUAGGUGUUUAAUUACUAAAGAAUUUUUGAAUAGUUCAAUAUGUUACGUCCAUCGUAUUUUCACCUGUGAUAUUUUCCUAUCUGGAGUUAUCACAAUUUACGUUUUGACGAAACUAGUACGCGCACAAGCCGCUCAAUUAAGUUUAAAUCUCCUCACUUCGGAUAAAAACGGUACAAUUAGAAAAAUUAAAUGCAAUAGCACCGUCAAAGAACACCUAAUUAAAAACUGUACGUUAAUGGAAAUCAAUCCUUCGAUAAACCCCUCACUUGUUAAUCACGUCGUUAGAAGUAACGACGAUUUGUUUCUACACGAAAAUUUAACAAUUGCUGUUUAUCAGUUUGAUUGUUCGCCGUGUACGUUAUUGGAAAUUGGAUGUACGUUAGAGGAGGGAAAAGCGAUUUAUUUGUGCGGUCUUGGAGUCGAAGAGCACGUUCUAGUACUCUGACACAACUUUCGUGACCAACAGUACAAACAAUUUUCUGCCAUACUGUACAUUUUGCCAGGGCUUGAAGCCCAAAUAGUUAACAUGUAUUAAUGCUUUAGUAACGCCCCAAUGUGUAAAUAACUUUUUUUGAAUAAAUGAUAACCGAGAA